AUGUGGCACUCUAGGUGGGAUGCUGGCGUCCUGAAGGCCGAGGCCCUGGCCCUCCUCCCCUGCGGCCUGGGCAUGGCCUUCUCCCAGUCGCACGUGAUGGCCGCCCGGCGACACCAGCACAGCCGGCUCCUCGUCGAGGUGGACGAAUACAGCUCCAACCCUACCCAGGCCUUCACCUUCUACAACAUCAACCAGGGCCGCUUCCAGCCCCCGCACGUGCAGAUGGUGGACCCGGUGCCUCACGAUGCUCCCAAGCCGCCCGGCUACACCCGCUUUGUCUGUGUUUCCGACACCCACUCGAGGACGGACCCCAUCCAGAUGCCGUACGGCGACGUGCUGAUCCACGCCGGCGACUUCACCGAGCUGGGGCUGCCGAGCGAGGUGAAGAAGUUCAACGAGUGGCUCGGCAGCCUGCCCUACGAGUACAAGAUCGUGAUCGCCGGCAACCACGAGCUGACCUUCGACCAGGAGUUCAUGGCCGACCUCAUCAAGCAGGACUUCUACUACUUCCCGUCCGUGUCCAAGCUGAAGCCUGAGAACUACGAGAACGUGCAGUCGCUGCUCACCAACUGCGUCUACCUGCAGGACUCUGAGGUCACGGUGCGCGGCUUCAGGGUCUACGGCGCCCCCUGGCAGCCCUGGUUCUAUGGCUGGGGCUUCAACCUCCCGCGGGGACAGGCCCUGCUGGAGAAGUGGAACCUCAUCCCCGAGGGCGUGGACGUCCUGGUCACGCACGGCCCGCCGCUGGGCUUCCUGGACUGGGUCCCCAAGAAGAUGCAGCGUGUGGGCUGCGUGGAGCUGCUGAACACGGUGCAGAGGCGCGUCCAGCCGCGGCUGCACGUCUUCGGCCACAUCCACGAAGGGUACGGUGUCAUGGCGGACGGGACCACCACCUACGUGAACGCGUCCGUGUGCACUGUGAACUACCAGCCCGUGAACCCGCCCAUCGUCAUCGACCUGCCCACGCCACGGAGCUCCUGA